UAUUACAGACUUAUUCUGCAAGGUCUCCAUUUUCAUUUCUCAUAAGCGCGGUUAGGUUUCACGGUUUUCUUCUUCUCCCACCAAACUCGACGCCCUUUGCAAUAGAAAACCGCAAAAAAGGUUUCCUGUUCAAAGGGUUUCAUAAUCCAACCAAGAAAAGCAUCUGAUCUGAUCGCUGCAAAAAGGUGGGGAAAGAAAAGAAAAGAAAAAAAAAAGGAAUUCCCAUUUGACGAUUCAUUUCUUAUUCCUCCUCUUCCUGUACGUAUAUACGCGGUCUUCUGUGUAUAUAUAUAUAUCUGUACACGAUCGGUAUACGUACAUUCCAAAGGGAUUUUCUUGAUUCCCGGAAAAUGAGUGCUUUGAGAAUUUCCCUUUUCUUGAUUCUGUUUUCCUUCGCUUUGGCAAAUGAAAAUCCGGAUGCCCAUGCUUUUCCGAGGCCUCUGGUUAUUGAAUACCCGGAGAAUAUUGAAUCCCGUUUUGACGAUGAGGUUCGAUUGAAGUGUGCGAGCUGGAGAUUUGCCGGUGAGGCUAAUAAUUUGAACCCAUGGAAGACCAUCCCGGCGGAAUGCGCUGGGUAUGUGAAGGAUUACAUGACCGGAAAAGGCUACGAAAGCGAUCUUCUGAGAGCCUCAGAGGAGUCUGGAGUUUAUGCAAAGAAUUUGGAAUUGGGAGGGGAUGGAAAAGAUGUGUGGGUGUUUGAUGUGGAUGAGACUCUGAUUUCAAAUCUCCCUUAUUAUUGUGAGCAUGGUUUUGGGUUGGAGGUCUUUAAUAGUGUGGAGUUCGAUAAAUGGGUUGAGAAGGGGGCAGCUCCAGCAAUAAAGUCAAGUUUGAAGCUUUAUCAUGAGAUUAAGAGGUUGGGGUUCAAAGCUUUCUUGCUGACAGGGCGAAGUGAAAGACACAGAGAAGUUACAGUGGAGAAUUUGAAGAAUGCUGGAUUCCAGGACUGGGAUAAGCUCGUUCUGAGGCAACCGGAGGACCAUGUUAAAUCAGCAACGACCUAUAAAUCUGAGAAACGGAGUCAGAUGGUGGAAGAAGGUUUCAGGAUCGUGGGCAACUCAGGCGACCAAUGGAGUGAUCUUCUAGGUUCAUCAUUGUCUCAACGGUCUUUUAAACUUCCAAAUCCCAUGUAUUUCAUCCCUUGACACUUGCUAAUUCGAUAUUUUUUGAGUAAAUUCUUGUAAAAACGUUAGCAAUGAAAUGGAUGUACUGUUGACCGCUUGUAAGAAUGGAAUGAAUUCAAAGAUUCAUUGACUUGGCU